AACCUUGGCGCCGUAACACCGGUUUCCGGCGGGCUCCUUAGAACGGUGAACAGCUUUGGGCCAAAGGACCAUGAGAGGGCCGGAGCAGGGUCCCGAGCCUACGAUGGAGGGGGACGUGCUGGACACACUAGAGGCGCUGGGAUAUAAGGGACCACUGUUAGAAGAGCAAGCCCUUACCAAGGCAGCUGAGGGUGGACUAUCUUCCCCUGAAUUUUCAGAGCUUUGUGUUUGGUUAGGCUCUCAAAUAAAAUCACUGUGCAACUUGGAAGAAAGUAUCACUUCAGCUGGGACAGAUGAUCUAGAAAGCUUCCAGCUUGAAAUAAGUGGUUUUUUAAAAGAAAUGGCAUGUCCAUAUUCUGUACUCAUAUCGGGAGAUAUUAAAGACCGUUUAAAAAAGAAGGAUGACCAUUUGAAACUUCUGUUAUUUUUAAGUACAGAGCUGCAAGCUUUACAGAUACUACAGAACAAGAAACGUAAAAAUUCUCAAUUAGAUAAAAAUAGUGAAAUUUAUCAGGAAGUUCAAGCUAUCUGUGAUACCCUUGGUAUUCCCAAGUCAACAACUUCUGACAUUCCACUUAUGCUAAACCAAGUGGAGUCAAAGGUGAAAGAUAUUCUCUCAAAAGUCCAGAAAAAUCAUGUGGGAAAACCACUGCUGAAAAUUGAUUUAAAUCUGGAACAGGCGGAACAGUUGGAAAGAAUCAACGCCGCUCUUUGCAGUGAGUAUGAGUGCCGCCGCCGCAUGUUGAUGAAGCGGCUGGAUGUCACGGUACAGUCCUUUGGCUGGUCUGACCGAGCGAAGGUGAAAACAGAUGACAUAGCAAAAAUUUAUCAGCCUAAGCGUUAUGCUUUGUCACCCAAGACAACGAUUACGUUGGCACAUCUACUUGCUGCUCGUGAAGACCUAUCCAAGAUCAUUAGGACAAGUAGUGGCUCCAGCCGGGAGAAGACAGCAUGUGCCAUUAACAAGGUGCUGAUGGGAAGAGUGCCUGACAGGGGAGGACGGCCAAAUGAAAUUGAACCGCCACCCCCUGAAAUGCCACCUUGGCAAAAGAGACAAGAAGGCGGAGGAAGGGGUGGUUGGGGUGGUGGGGGUGGGGGUAGGGGAGGUGGUGGAAGAGGUGGCUGGGGAGGGGGUGGGGGCGGGGGUGGUAGAGGAGGAGGUUUCCAAGGCAGGGGAGAUUAUGGCGGGAGGGGAGAUUAUGGAGGAAGAGGGGGCUAUGGAGGAAGAGGGGGCUAUGGUGGAAGAGGUUAUGGAGACCCGUAUGGAGGCGGUGGCGGCGGAUACAGAAGAUACUGAAAACUACAAAAACUAGACAGCAGUGCUUACUUCUUCAUAGAUACAUUAGGUGUUCUAAAUAACAUACUUGAAUGUCAUCUUUGAGGUAAACACCAUAUUAGAUUCUCUGAUGUUAUCAUUCUUGAAUUGAAUUAAUAUGUAAGAGCAUUGUUUUAUACUACCAUUUGAUCUCUUAGAUAAAGUGAUGCUUUUUCCCAUAUUCUGUGUACCCUUAAGCAUGUUAUGUCUUUAAAAAAAAUGAGCAAAACUAUUUUUAAAAAUGUAAAUAUUUAUUACCAUCGAACUUGGAAAAUGGAAAGUAUUUUAUUGUCAUGAUGGAAUUUAGAUUGUUACCUGUAUUUUAUUCAGGUUUGAGACACAUAAAUGACCCCACUUGUAAUUAGAAUAUUGCCUCAUCUGUAUUCCUGUGGCUGUGUCUUUUAUUUGUUAAUUCUAUUUUACAAAAUAGGGAAAGGGACUGAUAGUUUUGUUCAAUAGGUAGUUGUCAUGACUUGUUUUUUUCUUUUAUAGGAAGCGAUUCCUCUGGCAAGGUUUCUGUUAAAAGUUCCAUUAAUUGAAGCCUGAGUGUGUACUUUUUGGUAUACAUAUUUACUUUCCAACUGGAUUUGAAAUCUGCAAUUUUGUUUGGCUGACAAAGCAAAGUUAUAUUGGGGUCAGGAUUACUCUAAAGGGACAAAGAUGUACCAAUUUUACAUGAUGAUAUAAAAAAUAUUCCUAUAAAUUGA